AUGGCUAGUCGACCAAGCGUUAAACAACGGAGAAGCGCUUCGCAGAAGGAUAGUUCUGCGGAAGUUGGCGAGAAGCCAGCUGAUUUUGUAGCUUUAAUUGCUAAGCAAAGUUUACCGAAAACUCGCCAUAUGCAUUUUGAUCGCAUUGUUACAGCAACCGCAAUUAAUAGUUCUAACACGGCAACAUUCCUCGCACAAAUUAAAAAAAACCGUGUUCCGGUUCCGUUGUUUGAGAAAAAGCGUGUAAAGCUGAGCUCGAAAACAACAGAAGACAAUGAUUAUUUACCUGCAACAUAUGCCAGCUUCAACCGUGAAGAUUACAUCAUUAUCCAAGCGCCAACUAAGGAAACAACAAUUGAUUUCUGGCGAAUGGUUUGGCAGGAUGGUUGUAAAUUGAUCGUUUGUGUUGUGGAACAAUCUCAGAUGACAAUGGAAGAUGAUGUAGCAAGAAAGUGUUAUCAGUAUUGGCCAAUAAAACCGGAUACAAAAAUGGAAAUCGGUCUAAAUCGAUUCACAAUAAAGUUAGUUAAAAAGAAAGAUGAAAAAGGUUUUAUAAUGUAUGAUCUUGCACUCUCAGCGCAUUUGGAUACUGAUGUCAAUGCUGGAAAAGUUGCUCCAAAAGCAGAUGGCUCAAUGGACAUUGGCAUGGGCGAUGAUGAUAGCAAUCCAAGACAUAUAACAAUAUUUCAUAUUACUAAUUGGUCAAAUGGUAUCUGGCCAGAUUUGGAUCAAUUAGGAUCAUUCAUUAAAACGCUUGCAAGCAAGGAGGUACAAAUUAUUAAACGAGCAGCCGAUGAUUACAUUCCGCCAGUUGUGCUUCAAGGUUUUGCCGGCUUAAACAGGACGUGUGUUGUUUGGGUAGCAACCAUAUUGAUGAAGCAAAUUGAACGUCGUGAAUGCUUUGACGUAGAAUAUUUGGCGAGACAUUUGGUGCGCAUUCGUCCGGGUGCAUUUUCCGAUCCAAUCUCGUUUUUUGUCCUUUUUGCACUCGCUUUCCGUAUUGCAUCGUUGGGCGGUUGGAGUGCUUAUGAAGAUGCGAAGGAUCGCAUCAAAGAAAUAAAAGCAACAGCUUUAAUGAAAAUGAAAGCAAGAGAAAAGCAAUGA